AUGAAAGCGCGAUUCAAGCGCGACUACCGACGUCGGCGACGCGUUAUCGUCGUCACCUCUGCAUACAUUCACUCGUCAACCAUAGGUCCUUUGUAUAAUGGGCAAAGACACGUGGAAACUGGGCCGGAAGUCGCGAUCGAUGUUGCAGACUUCCCAGUCAAGGAGGAGAUGCUUGAGGAAAAGCUGAAGGAGAUGGAGGCCGAACGGGACGAGAUGAAGGUGGCACAAAGGGAAAUGGAGGGACUAAUCAAGAAACAACAAGAGGAAACUGCCAAAACGACGUCUCACCUUCAAGACUCGAAUGAACACCUUUGCAAACAAAACAAAGCCCUUCAAAUGAAAGCUUCCCGGGCUUUGACUGCGAAAUCGAAGUCAGCGGAGGUUGUAGAUGCACUUGCGUUAACCUCAAGACGUCGCCUCAAGGAGGACGGGGUAGUAACUGACGAUGCUCGAAUCCUUGUUCGCAACCUGAUUGAAUGCAACAUUCCGGUGAAGCAUGUAGGGAAGGCUAUCGAUGUUGUGGCACAACACUUUGGUAUCGAGGUGCCGGACAAAAUCAGCAAAAGAACAGUUGGGAGCGUAGUUUUGGAGGGUGGUAUUGCAGCAGAAAUGCAAAUAGUUGAUGAAGCUAAUCACUCGCAAAACAUAACAUUGAGUGGAGAUGGAACAACGUUACGGAAUGUUAACUAUGAAUCGAAGCACUUCAAUUACCGAACAACAUUGUACAACGCGACUGGUGCAAGUUCCACGGAGUUGGGUAGCCAGAAUGACCAUCGUGACCCCCCCGAUUCUGAGUGCGUAACUCGAUUCCUGGGCCUCACAUCGUCAAAAGAUCACACAGCAGAAACCCAGAUUAUGGGCUGGAAAGAAACAAACUCAACCUUUAACGAGACUUAUAGUGACAGUCCGCGGGGGAAGAUCAAUCCAGUGAACCCUCGCGCGAUACCCGCAAAAUUCACAGGGAAUGGAACAGACCAUGCACCAGAUCAAAAGAAGGUUGCGCGAGGAUUACGCCAGUGGAAGGUUGAGAGCGAGCGGAUUGUUAGAGGGGAGAGGGAAGCGAAUACGUGGACCGUGGAGGUGCUGCUCAAGGUAGUCGUGGAAGAGAACCAGAAAAAGGUUUCGGCUGUGGGAGGACUUGACACAUUUGACGCAUUAUCUCCACAGGAACAAGACGUCCAAAACAAGGCAAUGUAUGAACGGGUUUGCUCCCACGUUGGUGAGAAAUCUUUUAACGCGAUGAGCGCUGCUCAGCAGCAUGCUGCCAAUUUGUUCAUUUGGGUGGGGUGCUGCAUGCACAAGGAACUCAAUGCAAUUAAAAUCGGCGAUACGUCGAUGGGUGCAUUCUGGAAGGAAGAAAACCUUACACCACCUAUGAAGUUGAUGAACAAGGACAAUGCACGAGCAGCAGGUUCAGGGUCAGCUACUGCCAAAGAAAAUGCAGAAGCCGUAUCGCAGGGUGGGGGAACAAAGCUCACGUCUCUGGCAGGAGCAAUAUUCAACCAUAAGGACGAUAAAAAGGGACAGGGCGAUACGUUCCGGAUGUUUUUUGAACAGGAGAUCGGGUCAGAGACUUUCGUUAAUCCAUUGAGUGCUUACCCAGGCAUUGACCUGUUGUUCCCAGAACUUGCCGUACUGUCUCUGUACAGCCAAGCCAUCAGCCAUCCUUACUUGCGGCAGGUGCGCGGUCCUGGAAAGCAAUUUACCAAUGUCUUGGACCUUGGACCUCUCCACACUCGGGUAAAAGAACAUUGCCACACAAUUAUUUCUAAUCCUGACCUCCUUCUUUCCCCUGGUGCUACAAGCGCAACAGGAGCACUAGAUGGUAAAGUUUGGGAACGCCCAGAAGCCGUCUACACAGUGCAUGCGAUGAUGGAUACACUCCCUCAUCUCCGGGGCACUUUGGUUGCAUUUUUUACAGGUGCAUUGGAGGGCUGGAAGUGUUUUACCACGGAGUUUGAGCCUGGUGGUGCAAUUGAUUUAGCUUCACCAGAGGAAUGCGAGCGCGCAUGGAUAAAAACAACUAAUGAUGACAACGAAGGGGCUCUAGGUGUUCUCCGUGUUGGAUCACGUCGAGCACCAAAUAUGUCGAAUCACCAACGGAAUGCACGCGAGAUGCACAAGAAAAAUCAGACAAAGUACCUCAAGUAUCUCCGGAGAAAGGCACACGAGAGGGACAGUAGCCAGCUCGAAAAAACCUGGAGGUUAAGGCAGGCCAAGGCUGAUCGUGAUAUGGUAGAAGCUAAACGCGAGAAGGACAGCGCGAGGAGUGCAGCCAAAGCCAAGGUCAAUGCGGAACUUGAUAAGGUGACUGUUCGCCUCGACGUGUCAGCUGUUGAGGCUUCACCAGGGUCAAAUGCGACGCUGGACUUAGAAUUGGCAUGGUUUCGACGCAUCGACAAGGAGGUCCCCGUGAAAAGCAAACUGGGCAACAAAAACCUCAAAAAAGAGGCUUUAUUAAAAGCCAUCGAGCGCCACCUAGUACGAAUGUCUAGAGCUCAAAACCAGCAAGAGCUUGAAGCUCAACUCGACCUGAGCAGUGAAUGGGAAAGCUACAUUCCAGAGGAGAACACAUCCAACAUUGAUAGUGACGCAGAUAUGGAACUUGGCUACUAA